AAGAUGAAUCCUAUGGAGAAACAGAAUCAUUCUGCAGUGAUUGAGGUGACUGAAUUUAUUCUCCUGGGGAUCACCAGCAACCCUGGGCUGCAAGAACCUCUCCUCGCAAUCUUCCUCAUCAUAUAUUUGAUCACAGUGACAGGCAAUCUGGGCAUAGUUAUCUUGACCCAUUUGGACUCCAAGCUAAAUACCCCCAUGUACUUUUUCCUUAGACAUCUGUCAAUUACUGAUCUUGGUUACUCCACUGUCAUCGGCCCAAAAAUGAUGGUAAACUUUGUGGUGCACAAAAAUACAAUUUCCUACCAUUGGUGUGCCACCCAGCUGGCGGUCUUUGAGAUUUUCAUCAUCACCGAACUGUUCAUUCUUUCAGCAAUGGCCUAUGAUCGCUACGUAGCCAUCUGCAAACCUCUCCUCUACGUGGUCAUCAUGGCAGAGAAGGUGCGUUGGGCGCUGGUCCUUAUUCCUUAUUUCUACAGCACAUUUGUGUCGCUCUUUCUCACAAUCAAAUUAUUUAAAUUGUCCUUCUGUGGCUCUAACAUUAUCAGUUAUUUUUACUGUGACUGCCUUCCCCUCAUAUCCAUGCUCUGUUCAGACACACAUGAAUUAGAAUUGAUCAUUUUAAGUUUUUCAGGCUGUAAUCUGCUCUCUUCCCUCUUGAUUGUUCUCAUAUCCUACAUGUUUAUUCUUGUGGCCAUCCUCAGAAUGAACUCAACGGAGGGGAGAUACAAAGCCUUCUCAACCUGUAGUUCCCACUUGACGGUGGUGGUCGUGUUCUAUGGGACAUUAUUGUUUAUUUACCUGCAGCCCAAAUCCAGCCAUACUUUUGAUAUUGACAAGAUGGCCUCUGUGUUUUACACCUUGGUGAUCCCUAUGCUGAAUCCAUUGAUCUACAGCUUAAGGAACAAAGAAGUAAAAGAUGCUCUGAAGAGAAUUUUAACCAACCGAUGCAAAAUUCCCACUUAA